UUUUGGAUGUUUAAAGUGUUAGUUUUUUUAUUUUUGUGUGUGUUAAGUUUAAAAUAAACGUAAGCGAAUUCUUAAAAAUGCGGCAAGUGACUACUAAUAUUUUAUUAACUGCUAGUGUAUUAUUUUUAUUAAAUAUAAAAUGCAUAUUGUGUGGAAAUUUAACUGGUCCAAAUAUUUGCACAAAACAAGAAUCCUAUCAAGUGAGUGUACGAGUGUCGGACACCCAGCCAUAUCAAAUACGUGAAUAUACAUGGUGUUUAAAUGUUCCACCCAGAUGUUCCAAAUACACAAUCAAAUUUCGGACCGUAUAUCGUAAUCAAGUUUUAACAAAAACUCGUCCCGUGCAAGAGUGUUGUAAAGGUUAUACGGAGAAUACUGCUGGUGAUAAAUGUAUCCCAGUUUGUUCGGAAAGUUGUUUACAUGGCACAUGUGUAGCACCAGAUACAUGUAAAUGUGAGACUGGCUAUGGAGGUCCAGCUUGUAAUAUAACUUGCCCGGAUGGAAAAUGGGGACCAACAUGUAACAAGCGUUGUAAAUGUGAAAAUGACGCCUUUUGUGAUCCGUACAACGGAGCAUGUCACUGUUUACGUGGAUGGAAAGGAAAAACUUGUGAAGAAAAAUGUGAUUCCAUGCAUUAUGGAAUAAAUUGUACUGAGACAUGUCGUUGUAAAAAUGGUGGAGUAUGCCACCACGUAUCUGGAGAAUGUCAUUGUCAACCUGGUUGGACUGGGCCUUUAUGCGAAGACCAUUGUCCUAGAGGGAAACAUGGCGAUGAAUGUAAAUCAGAAUGUAGAUGUCAAAAUGGGGGCACCUGUGACCCAGAAACAGGCAAAUGCUUCUGUACAUCUGGUUGGACCGGGGAUGUUUGCGGUAAUCGAUGUCCGUUUGGCUUUUGGGGACCAAAAUGUUCUCAAAAUUGUGAUUGUUAUAACGGUGCUUCGUGUCAUCAUAUCACAGGCAUAUGCGAAUGCCAACCAGGAUUCAUUGGCGAUAGGUGCUUAGAUAUUUGUCCUUAUGGUACAUUUGGUAUGAAUUGUUCAACGCAUUGUGAUUGCCAAAAUGGUGCUGAGUGCUCCAAUAUCGAUGGAUCAUGUGCAUGUAAACCUGGUUGGAAGGGAGAAAAAUGUACAGAACGAGCAUGCCCAGAAAAAAUUUGGGGUCCAAACUGUGAACAUACUUGUGAAUGUGAACCAGAAAAUACAGAGAGUUGUCAUCCUUGGACUGGACAAUGUGAUUGCAAAGCUGGAUGGGAUGGUGCUACAUGCUCUAGACAAUGUCCAAUUUUAACAUAUGGUAAAGGUUGUCACACUCGUUGCCCCUGUGAAAAUAAUGCUCAAUGUUCACCAGUCAAUGGUUCCUGUAUAUGUGCGCCAGGUUUUCGUGGACCAAAUUGUACAGAAAUAUGCCCGAAAGGAUAUUAUGGUGCAGACUGUGCAUUGAAAUGUAACUGUAAAAACGGUGCUGAAUGUUCCUCCGAGACAGGUCAAUGUAAUUGCACAGCUGGAUGGGCAGGCCGUCAAUGUGACAGGCCAUGCGAUGAAAAAUUCUAUGGUCCUUCAUGUAGUUUGCAAUGUAACUGCCUCAAUAACGGUGCUUGUAAUCCACAAAAUGGUUCUUGUACAUGUGGGCCAGGAUAUGAAGGUCCUACAUGUGAACAUCGUUGUGAGUCUGGAUUCUUUGGAAUUGGUUGUAGCCAAGUUUGCCAAUGCAAUGAUGAAAACAGCAUUGGUUGUGAUCCAGUGACGGGACGUUGUAUUUGUAAACCAGAAUGGAAAGGGAUUACCUGUGAAACAAGAUGUCCUUCCGGAAUGUAUGGUGAGGCUUGCGAUAAACAUUGUGACUGUGUGAAUAACAGUUCCUGUGAUCCAGAAACAGGUGAAUGUGUUUGUGACAGAGGAUGGCAAGGAAGUCAUUGUGAUAAACCGUGUGAUCGUGGAUUCUAUGGAAUUGGCUGCCGACAAAAAUGUCCUGAAAACUUAGGCAACCGUACUUGCGACCCUGUUACUGGCGAAUAUGUAUGUCCAUCAGGCUAUAUUGGUAUUACAUGCGAACAUCCAUGUCCUUUGGGAAGCUACGGCCAGAAUUGUUUAAAGAAAUGCGAUUGUAAAAAUGGUGCUACGUGUCAUUAUGUUGAUGGAAAAUGUCAAUGUUUACCUGGAUGGACUGGUGAAACUUGUUCUAAAGCAUGUGAUUAUGGCUUUUAUGGUGUAAAUUGUAAACAACAAUGCCGAUGCUUGAAUGGAGGUACUUGCAGACGUCAUGAUGGACAAUGUCAUUGUGCACCCGGAUGGAUUGGUACCCAGUGUAAUGAAAUUUGCCCUGAAGGAUACUACGGAGAUCAUUGUAUGAAACCUUGUGAAUGUCCGAAUGAAAAUUUUGUAUGUCAUCCAGCUGAUGGUUGUGUAUGUCGACAAGGCUAUGCUGGCGAUGAUUGCGAUCAACAAUUGUUGUUGACACUAACCAAAAAUGGAGAUACCGAACAAUCAAAUGCAGGAAGCAUUACUGCAGGAGUUAUCGUAGCCCUUAUUUUAGUAUCUAUAAUCAUUCUUUUGGUCCUAUAUUAUAAACGACGUGUAAAAGACUUAAAAACUGAAAUUCAAGUUGUUCAAUAUGUAGCAGAUCCAUCUUCACAACCGGAUCGUCAUCAUUUUGAUAAUCCAGUGUAUCAAUAUCAAGGAAGCUUACGUCGUGAUGAGGAUGCAUUAAUUCUACUAAAUAAUACAAUUCGAAAUGAUUUAGGAAUCAAAAAUAAUAUUAAUUUAGAACGCCAAAUGUUUGCUUCAGCUGGAUGUUCUGAAGAAGAUGGUGCUUUUGGAUAUGGAACGAAUUUGAGUAAAAAUCGUGGAGCUGAUUUAACAAAUCCAAAUGUUUACCAUUCAAUUGGCGAUGAUAAACUUGAUCAUGUUUAUGACGAAAUUAAGGACAAUUUAAGCAAGGAUAUAGAUUUACAAUACGAUCAUCUCGAUUAUACACGACCUGUCAGUUCUUGGAAGCCACAUUAUCAACGAAUGGUUAAUGGUUUUGGUGCCAAAUUAAAGAAACCUGAAAAUACGUAUGCAAAUAAACCUGAAAAUACUAAACCCGAUACGGAGGACGUUUAAAUGUUUUACCAAACUAAAGCAUUCAAAUGAUAUUAAUGUGUUCAAAAUUUGCAUAAUUAAUGCAUUGUUUUUAUGCCACAAGAAUAAACGAACCUAACGUGUUUAAAUGAUAAAUUCUACAUCAUUGGUCUCAUUUUUCCUUUUUAUGUGGUAUACGAAUACGAUUUUCCGGAAUAUAAUGCAUAAAAUUUAGCUAAUUCAUUAAUUUACCUUA